AUGUCUUCAUGGGACGAUUAUCUCAAGGGACUACGACAGACCCACAAACAAUAUCAAGAUAAAGAAGAGGAAAAGAAACAAGAGAUAAAUAAAGUAACAACCUUUUCAAAACAAACUCAAGCCAUUUCAUCUAUACAUCAACAUGAUGAAGAGGAUCAGAUAGAUUUAACUGAUGAUCUAUUUAAAAAGACUUUUGCACAAGAGAUUAGUUUAAGAGGUGCUCGUGAAUUCAUUGUUACAAGUUAUCAAGGUAUAUGGAAAUUGAUACAAGAAACCAAUGUAAAGGAUCGACAUUACUACGAGGUGAUUGCAGAGGGUGAACCAUGUCUAUUGUACUUGGACAUUGAGUAUCAAAGACAAUGUAAUCCUCAAUACGAUGGCUCUGAUAAAGGACCCGCCACAAUGAUAUCGGUACUAGUUGAUGCACUCGCAAAGGAAAUCAAGACAGAGUAUUCUAUAGAUACUGGCUAUCACGACGUUGUUGAUUUGGAUUCAAGUACACCAACAAAGUUUUCAAGACAUCUCAUUUGGCAUUUACCAAAUACUUGUUUUAAGAAUAAUGAACAUCUUGGAUACUUUAUAAAUAACUUUAUAAAGAAAAAAGAAAAGGAAAUGGAAAAAAUAGUAUCAUUACAAAAUGAUAGAGAAAGAGAAAGAGAUAAAGAAAUAGACAAUGACAAGGAUAAUAAUUGGGUUGUUGAUGAUGACUUUGAAUUUGAUUUUACUGAAGAUUCAACAGAAACAACAGAAACAACAACCUUGACAGCUGCUACCACAACAACAACAACAACAAAUAAUCAAGAAGAUGUAAAUAAGAAAAGAAAAUAUCAAGAUGAGGAAGUAGGAGGAGAAGAAGAGAUAGAGAUUGAUGAAAAAACAACACCUUAUCUAUUUGUUAGAAAUGAUAAAGGUAAAAUGGUAUCGAUUAUAGAUGGAGCAGUGUACACCAAGAAUAGACAUUUUAGAAUGUUCCUUUCAUCGAAAUUUGGAAAGGAUCAAGCACUCAAACUUCAUCCAUCUUGUAUCUUUCCAUUUACAACAAACAAUUCAUCAUCCUCUUCAUCCUCUUCAUCCUCCUCUGAUGAAAUAUUAGAAAAUGAAAUAUUCACAAAAAGUUUGGUUUGUAAUACAACCGACUUGAUUCUAAUACCUAGUCAUAGAGAGUUAACUUUUCAAUCACCUGUUAACAAGUACCCAAAUACACUGCGAUCCCAAUCAUUCCAACCACCACAAUUAGUGAGUCAUUCACCAUUCCCAAAACUAGAUCAAUUUAUAAGAUCUUUUAUUGGAUCAAAGGGUGGCCCAAAAGGAACCAUUCGUUCAAUUAAAACAUUUCAUCCAACUGAUCAAAAUAAUCAAAAUAACACAAAUAAUAAUCAAAAUAACACAAAUAAUAAUAAUAAUACAAAUAAUAAUAAUAUAAUCAUUACAUAUAAUAUCAAUGGUAAUAGAUGGUGUGAUAAUAUUGGUCGCGAACACAAGAGUAAUAACAUUUACUAUGAAUGUUAUGUUGGUAGCACUGGUGGUGGUGCAGUGAUGUACCAAAAAUGUUUGGAUCAUGAAUGUAAAGGUUACCGAUCACAAUCUAAAAUGGCAGACGAUAUUGAAACCAAGAUUUCAGCUUUAAUAGAUAUCUUUACAUUGUUUGAUAGAGAUACGGUGGGACAGGUAUUAAAAGAUAAUAAUAAUAACUUUGAAAAUGCAGCUGCUGCAUUGUCAGAGAUGGAAGCACCCAAGCCACAACCAACGUCUCUACCACCAAAACAACCAGCACCAGCACCCCUUUCACAGAGACCAGUAUAUCCACAACAACAACAACAACAGAGACCAACAGCACCAUCGGCACAACCCAAACCAAGUCAACAACAAGUAGUUAAACAAGUGACAGAUAUGAUGGGUGGAGCCAAGUUUGAUGUCAACCAAUCGACCAUUUUUGAUGUCUACCAAGCUACUGGUGGCAACGUCGACCAAACCGUACAAGCACUCAAGAAUUUGAACGCACCUGACCCCGCACUCGAAGAACAAAAGCGUGCAUUGGAACGUAUGGAAAGAGAAAGAAUGGAACGAGAAAAGAUGCGUCAACGAUUGGAUCUGCUCAAGGAAAAGCAGGCUCGUGAACAAGAGAAUUUGGAGCAAGUCAUUAGAUCGGCCGAAUUGGAGCAGAUUAAAAAAGCAGAGUUGGAGCAAGCCAAGAGAAUCGAGAUGGAACAAGCCAAGAGAGCCGCCGAGUUGGAACAAGCCAAGCGCGUAGAGAUGGAGAACCAAGAGAAAGAGUUUUUGCGUUACGAGAUUAUGCGUCAAGAAAAGUUGGCACAAGAGAGACGCGCUGCCGAGGAACUCGACGCCGCCUUGGAGAAACAGGCUCGCGAACAAGCUGCCAUUGAAAAGAUGCAUCAAGCUCGUGCCGAGAAACAGCGUAUUGAAAAGGAAGCAGUUGCUAGAUACGAGCAGGAGCGCGCAGCCAAGGAGCGUGAGGAAGCUGACAAGCAGACCAAGCUCAUGAUCGAGCGUGAGCGCAAGGCACUCGAGCAAGAGAGAUUCGAGCGCGAGCGUGAGGUUGCCAAGCAACAAAUGGCUGCCCAGGAACUCAAGAAGCAACUCGAGUUGGAACGCGAGAAAUUGGGACAAGAAUUGGCUGCCCAGGAACGCAAGAUCAAGCUCGAGCAAGAACGCGCCAGCAAGGAACAAGAAGAAAAGUUGUUGCGCUCACACAUGGAGCGUAUGCAAAUCCAGGCCGAGAAGAUGGCUGCCCAAGAAGCACGUCUCAAAGCAUUGGAGGAAGAGCAAGCAUGCAAGGAACUCGCCUACCAACAGAAACUCGAGCAAAUUGAACGUCUCAAGAAUGAGGAAGCCGACCGCACACGCGCACUCGAGGAGGAACUCAAGAUUCGCGAGCAACGCGAGACCGAGCUCAGCAACCUCGUGUCGAAUCAGACCAUUUCGGUGACACUCCGUGUUGAACAGUUGAAUGAGAUUAUCGUGUCGUACGAUCUCGCUGGUCAGGUGCAUGCCAGUUGUUGGGUCGGUAUCUUCCCCACACAUCAACCAAAGCACGACCGUUACCUCACCUACAACACAAUCAUUGGUAAUACUGGUUCUGUCAACUUCCCAGGUAUUAUUCCGGGACACUAUGAAGCACGUCUCUUUACCAACCGUUACGACAUGCUCGUCACGAGUUCGUCGGUCAAGAUUGGUCCAUCCGUGUCGUUGACUGCCCACGUACUCGGCGACGAGAUUCACGUCACUUACAAGGUCGACCCUGCCUCUACACACUCUGCAUCCGACUGGAUCGGCCUCUACACCAAGUCGGCCCGUAACAAAAAGUAUGUUGCUAUGGUCUAUGCCUCGGCAUCGGGUACUGCCGUAUUCAAGAGCCCACGCACACCCGGACAAUACCAAGUGCGUUAUUUUGUCAGCCCCACCAAAUACAACGAGCAAGCUAUCGCCACCUUUGAGAUUGUCGAUAUGGACAAGAUCGAGGUGUUGACACCCAUCGUCUGCAAGGGCGACGAAAUCAAGAUUGAGUAUUCCGUCAACACGGUCGUCCCAUCGACCAGUGACUGGAUUGGCCUCUUUGCCCUCGCCGAUGAAAACAACAAAAACUAUCUCUACUCGACCUACACCAACUCGACCACCGGUAAUGGUAUCAUUACAUUUACUGCCCCCGACAAGCCCGGCAACUAUGAAGUUCGUUUCUUCUCUGCCUCUGUCGGUCGUUACACCACUUUCAAGACUUCCAACAAAUUUGUAAUUACUCCUUAA